AUGGUCGCAGUGUCGGGGAUAUGGCUCCUCUGCCUGUCUCUAGCCAGCCUUUCACAGACCACUGCCGCAACAGAGUCGAAGCAUGGCACUUCGGCGUCGCGUUCCGAUAGCUUCUUGUUCCAGUCUAGAGCUAUUUACCCCAAAGGCGUAAAGCUCAACUCCACGUCGGAAGACGCCACGCUCGCGGAAGCUCUCAAGCUUGUUCAGGAAGCUUCCAAGCAGCAGGGCGACUACAACGCGCACCGCGUGGCCAACCCCAAGCGCAACGAGGAAAUCUCCAAGGCCUCAGCUGCGCGCAGCAAGAGAACUGCCAACGCCGGGCCUCGGGCUCCGACGCUGACUCCUGCGCUGCGCAAGGCAGCGGCCAUAAUCGCCGAGCAUCAGGCCAAGCAAAAUGCCAACAAGACACAGCCAGAGUACCCCCAACCACGUCAUCUCAAACCGCGUACUGGCAGCAGCAGCGGCAGCCUCGACGCCCGUGACUUGACGUCAAAGUACUGGUUGCAGGACAUCAAGCACACUGGACUGGCGCCCAUGGGGGCCAACAGCUCAUGGCCCGUCUUUCGAGACGUGACCAACCCCAUGUUUGCGGGCGGCGCCAAGGGAGACGGUGUUCACGACGACACGGAUGCCAUCAACGCUGCCAUCGCCUACGGCGGCAACUGCGGCGAGGGCUGCCUCUCCUCCUCGGUCAAGGGCACGCUUGUCUACUUCCCUCCCGGAAAGUACCUGAUUUCCACUCCCAUCAACACCAUGUACUACUCGCAGCUCGUGGGCAACGCCAACGACGUCCCUACCAUCGUCAUCAGCAAGGACUUUGUCGGCCUGGGCGCCAUCCAGAGCGACGUCUACAUUCCCAACCAAAACGGCGACGAGUGGUACAUUGAGCAGUCCAACUUUUACCGCCAGACGGCCGCCUUCCACUGGCAGGUGGCCCAGGCAACCUCCAUGACCAACGUCUACAUCUACACCAGCACGGAUCCCGGCACCAACCAGAUGGGCCUCUUUACGGAAAACGGCAGCGACGGCUUCAUGUCGGACGUGUACAUUAGCGGCGGCAAGUACGGUAUUUGUACGUUGGCUAUCACGUUGAUAGUUAUGGAAGCAGAUUAA